AAUGUUGGAAGUCCAUUUAGAAAUGAUUUAAUAUUGAAGUUCCAAUAGUGUUGGUUAUAAAUUCAACCUUCACAUUUCUCAAAAUUGUAGAAAGAAGUGGUAGAGCAGAGCUGGGAGUUUAUUGGAGCUUGUAAAUUUCUCAGGCCGUUUUAUUUCCUGGAGAACCAAAUUUAGCACAGUGCACAUCGCACCUGAGGGCGGAUUCUCCCAGGCCGGCCCAAGCCAGGACAGGAAACCAGGGGCUUGUUACCCAGCUAAUCACAGCAGAGUGAACUCGAUCCUGUGCUUCGGCCGGGCUCACCUGCCUGCGUCCAGCCCCGCGCCCUGGGUCUGAGUCUGAGUCUGGAUCUGGUCCCGCGCAACGAGUCCGCAGAGGCGACCAUGGACGCCGCCGGCCGCACCCGGGGCCACGGGGCCACGGCGAGGGGACUGCUGCCGAGGGAAGACCUGAGGGGCGCGACCGCCCUGCCUUGGAGGGGCCGGUCCCGCAUCCCGAAGCGAGAGUGGCUUGGAGAGGAGGACCCGGCAGUUGCCGGACACGAGCUCCUACUGCCAAAUGAAAGAAGCUUUCAGAAUGCUGCUAAAAGCAAUAAUUUGGAUCUUAUGGAGAAGCUGUUUGAAAAGAAGGUUAACAUUAAUGCUGUGAACAAUAUGAACCGCACAGCCCUGCAUUUUGCAGUGGGGAGAAAUCAUUUAUCUGCAGUGGAUUUCUUGCUUAAACACAAGGCCAGGGUGGAUGUUGCUGAUAAGCACGGCUUGACAGUAAUUCACCUUGCAGCCUGGUCUGGGAGCCUUGAGAUCAUGCUCAUGGUGGUUAAAGCUGGAGCAGAUCAGAGAGCUAAGAAUCAGGAUAGAAUGAACGCCCUCCACUUUGCCGCUCAGAGCAAUCAUGUGCGCAUCGUGGAGUAUCUCAUUCAAGAGCUGCACCUCAAGGACCUGAACCAACCUAAUGUGAAAGGAAGAAAAACAUUUCUUUUGGCAGCUGAGAGGGACCAUGUUGAAAUGAUAGAAAAACUUACCUUCCUAAACCUGCAUACUUCAGAAAAGGACAAGGAGGGAAACACUGCCCUGCACCUCGCUACGAAGCGUGGUCACAGUCCUGCAGUGCGGGUGCUGCUAACCCAGUGGCAAGACAUAAAUGAGAUGAAUGAGAGUGGAGAAGCACCAUUCUUUCUGACUGUUGAAGGAGGUCAUGAGGAGUGCAGUAAAGUGCUGCUGGCAGCAGGAAGUGACAUCAACAUUCCAAAUAAACUCAAUAUCAGUAGUUUGCAGAUAGCGACCAGGAAUGGCCAUGCAUCCCUUGUUAACUUUCUUCUCCGUGAGAAUGUUGAUCUGCACCCGAAAGAGGAACCUAAGGAGUCGCCUCUUCAUUUAGCUGUUAUCAACAACCACAUCAUGGUUGUAAAGAGCUUAUUAAGUGCACAGCAAGAUAUUGACAUCUUAAAUCAGAGGCAGCAAACCCCUCUGCAUGUAGCUGCUGAUCCAGGAAAUGUGGAACUGGUAGAAACCCUGCUGAAGGCAGGCUGUGACUUGAAGGCUGUUGACAAGCAAGGAAAGACUGCCCUGGCUGUGGCCUCCAACAACCAUAGCCUCGUGGUGGACAUGCUCAUUAAAGCAGAGAGAUACUACGCCUGGAGAGAGGAGCAUCACGAGAGUAUCAGGGACCCAUCAACGGGCUUUACUCUGACAUUCAAGCAAGAUCAUAGUUUGGAGACCAGAUAUAUUCGCACACUCCUUUGGGACCUGGCUUAUCGUCCGCUGAAGGCCAAUGAGUGGCAGAGGCUGGCCCGUUCAUGGAACUUUACAGAUGACCAGAUUAGAGCCAUAGAGGAGCAGUGGUCGGGAAAUGAAAGCUUCCGUGAACAUGGCCACAGGGCUCUACUUAUCUGGCUACAUGGGACCCUGAUGACUCAGGCUGAUCCGGCCAAGCACCUGUAUGAAGAGCUGGUACGUGCAGGUUUCCCCAAACUAGCUGAAAAGACUCGUCAUUUCAAAAGCAAAACUGACUCAAACUCCAAGAAAUGUGUAGUUUCAUAAAUGCCUAAAGAAAUUGUAUUUACAUGAUUUUCCACUCAGCAUUCAGUUCUUUUAAUGCCAUAAAUUUCUUCCAGCAGUAGGCAGUAGCAUUGAUUUCCAGCUCUGGUGAUGGCGGUGAUAGGGUACUCUAACAGAUGAAAGAAGAGUAAUACCAUGAUACUUUUCAACCACUGAAAAGUCAAAUAGUUUUUUUUGUUGAGGGCAAGUUGUAUAUGAUUUUCCCAUUUCUGUCAUUUGAUGGAACACAUGUAAUAAGAUAAUCUAGGAGGGUUUUGCUGUCUUUUUUUUUUUUUUUUAAACUUUUUUUUAAAACUGUACCAGCAUCAUGGUACAGCAAAAAACCAAUGGUUUUUACGAGAGACGGAUAUGGUCGUGAACUUGGUUUUGCCACUUAUUAGAUGUGAAUCUUUGAGCAUGUUAAUAUUUAAGUUCUUAGAGCUUCAGUUUCCUAUAAAGUGGGACAAAUGUCUAUUCAAUCCAUAGGACUGGAGUGAAGAUGAAGGGAAAAUGCCUGUGAAAUGCCUAGCUAGCCUCAUGCCCACAGUAUGGAGAUCAACUGUUUCAGUAAGAGAAACUGGGUUUGGAAAUUUACAGUCAUUGUUGACUUUAAAUCACACAUAAUGUGUAAUAUAUUACUUCGAAAAGACCAGAAGUAUGUACACCAAUUUUUUAAAAAAAUCUCUUGGUGUUGUAAUUAAUUACAGAUUAUUACUUUCCUUGUACUUUUGGGCAAAUUCCAGUUUCUUCACAACAAACAUGCAUUAUUUUUGAAACCUGAGAGUUAUGAAAUAAAUGUAAAAUCAAGUAUGAAUUUGUGUCAGUUUAUGUCACCUAUUCAUUAGAAUUUAAGACUCCAUUCUCAGAUUCUGACUCUAAAUUUACAAGGCACAUAAUAAAAUCAUGAACAAUUUCAAUCCAGUUAUUCUAUCAUGAAUUUGUAGUUUUAUGUCUUUGUCUCAUAGUGAUUGUAAAUGGCCAACAAUAUUAUGAAUGUUUAAAACAGGUAAUAGAUUCACAUGCAUCCAAAACAUUUUUCAAAAAUGUAUUGAGAAGUCUUAUCCCAUCUGUUCUUCAGCAUGGCCAGUUUCCACUGACCUAUCGCUGCUCCCCACCAGAUUGGGGUAACCUCUUUAUGUGAAAAUAAACAAAUAUGAAUACAUACU